UUCCUGAUCUUGAAGCGCCCUGUAAGAUGAAAUAACUGAAUAGCCAAUCUGGGGCAGUGGUAAUGAUACUCUUGAUCACUUUAACCAAUACUGUUCAUUCAAAAUUUGAUAUGCCUGACUAUAUACUGUUCGUACUCACUAAUGGGAAGCAAUUUUUCUGAGAGUUUGCCUCAACAGUGUGUUAAUUUAGACUUUCAUUUGCAGCAUUUUAUCUGUCUAUCUCAUGUUCCUGCUGUUUACUGCAGCGCAGGCUUUUCUCGGAUUGAUGUUUCUUUCCCUCUUUUUUCAGUGCUUUUGGUAGAAAAGAGGAAUCUCCAGUCUCGCCUUUAUAUAGUCUCAGACCUAGAAAGGCAAGUACGAAAGAACACAAUACCUGAACUUCUUGACACUAAGCUCUACUGGUUAUUUGAGGAUAUAUAUGGUUUCUCUUGCCUGAAUCAUUAUGUUUGGUGAUGUACUGAGAAUAAUUUAAAGUUGAAAGAUUUUUGAAUGUUCUUGAGGGGCUAUAGAAAGAAUCAAGGGGUUCCUUUGUAGCUUAUUUUAUUCUAAUCUUGUGAACAGAGGGAGACUGUGGUUCUUUUGGAUGAUGAUGAUGAUGAGGUUCUGGAGACACUAGAUUGUGCAAAUGAAACACGUGAUGAAUGGUAAGUUCAGCUUCAAAUGGUGCUUUCUCCUUUUGUUCUGUUUUGUUUUCUUUUGCCUGGUUCCAUAGAUUAACAAGCAAUUGAUUUUCCCUGUGACCUUCAGCCUGAAAGAUGCUAAAAUCUACUACCCGUCUAGGUAUGUUUAAAUUUGUAAAUUGGGCAUAGUUAAGUUAAGAAGGUCAAACCAGGGAUGGUCCAGGAUGCGACUAUUGACUUCUUGAUGUUGAUGUAGGGAUGAUCCAGAAUGUGUUGAAAUCUGUUUCCAGGAUAUAGACUGUCUGGCUCCUGAAAGUUUCUUGACAUCACCUAUCAUGAACUUUUACGUACGGUAAAGUGAACUUCAUCCUGGUUACCUUCUGUUUUACGGUGCAAACUGGUAGAUCUUAUUACCAAGAACCAAAGAUACUCCGAACACAACCAAUCAGGAAUAUGAAAGCCUAUCAUACCAAUAGGAUACCACAAAAGGGCUUUUCUUGCCACUAUAUGGGUGUCAGUUAGAAUGACCAUCUUAAUUAGUUCAGUGAUGGAACUAUGUGUAAUUUUAGAUGGGCUACAGUAGGCCCUUCAGUAUAUAAUGUGGUUCUCAUAUGUUUAUUCAUAUGUUAAGAAAACAUUAUAAAGUGACAAGAUAACUGACUAUUAUAAAGCACAAAGCUUUUCUCCAUUAACUGGUUAACGGUGUUUGCGAGUAAUGGAAUUCACUUUUGCCAUCUCCUAAGUGAUAGAAACAGAGCUGUUUAUUGGGUGUAGCUGGUAAUUGUGGUGAAUGUUUCAGCCUUUCAUCCUUGUUCAUCACUACUUGAAUCUGGAAUAUUGAGGUGGAGUACUGUCCACGUUUUUAUUUUAUCUCUUGUUUAGGUACCAAGAGAUGCAGGCUUCUCCAUCACAAAAGGCUACUUGUGAUUAUCACAUAUUUAAUACAUUCUUCUACAACAAGCUUAAACAGCAGUUGUCACGAAAGGUAGUUGAAUUGAUUGCUUCAGAACCGUGGCUGUCUGGGUAUGUGAUGUACUAUUGUUCACCUGUCAUCCACUUUCAUGUGUAGGGAGGUGAAAAGGAAUCCCUCUUUGUCAAGUUUAGAAGAUGGUGGAAGGGUGUGAACUUAUUUGAGAAGGCAUACAUACUGAUUCCUAUACACGAAGAGUAAGUUUCUUUUCAGGUUCAUUGUACAGUUUCUCUAGUUGCUGAUUGCUGCAAGUUGUCAGCUUCCAUUUCGUAUUUGAAGCUCGUUAAAAAUGAAAAAAGUGACUUGCUUCCCAAGCUCCCUUCUUCCCCUUGAUUUGGCGUAAUCGUGUUAUUAUUCAUGGGUGCUGAUAUAUCAGUCUACACUGGAGCUUGGUGAUCAUCUGUUUCCCAGAGAAGAAGGACAACAGAUCAGGACCAAUGUUGCUUCAUUUGGACUCAUUAAAGCUCCACUAUAGCAGAGUUGUUUUGGAGGAUAUAACUAGGUGAGAUUAAAAAUACCUUGGAAUUGGGCAGACUUACUUUUGUAACUUGGUAUUGGCUGUUUCUGGUCUUUAGUAACUAUUCAAAUAGUUAAAAUAGAUCUCUCACAUCACAAUUUAUUUGUCAUUAUUCAGUGAAAAAAUUAUUUGUCAUUGAAUAACAUCUCCUGCCAAUUGCAAUAUCAAUUCACAGCUUUUUGAGAGAAGAAUGGCAAUAUUUACAUCAAGAAGUUGCUCGUCAGUCAGAUGUUGAGAUCUCUGACAAAAUAUGGAAGCGUCUUCAUAACAUUUCUUCAAGAAGAAUCGAGGUAAACAAGUGCCCCGAGUUUCAAUAUCAUAUGAUGUUUGUGUUCUAGGAUUGAUCGAGUCCAGCAGCUCAUGUAUGUAUUCUGAAUCCUAAAUCAAAAUGCCUACCAGGUUCCACAACAGAAAAAUGAUUAUGAUUGCGGUAUCUUUGUACUUUAUUUCAUGGAGCGCUUCAUUGACGAAGCCCCGGAGAGGCUGAAAGAAGUGGAUCUGGACAUGGUAAAUUUUUCUUCACACCCACACACUUUAAGAUUUAUAAUUUUUUCAGUCUCUAGUUUUCCAUGUCAUCUGAAUAAAACCUACGAAAACUAAUGCUAUCACAUAUAUACAAUUCUUUUGGUUGCAGUUCGGCAAGCAAUGGUUCAAACCUGAAGAGGCAUCUCGCUUGAGAAAGAAAAUAAGAGAUUUGCUCAAGACCGAGUUUCGUAAAUUAAGAAAGCGCAGCAUUGCUUGCGAAUCAUUGGCUGUCCCUUCCGGAGGAUCAACUUCAGCAGAAAACAGUAAUUCAACUGAGUCGUCCUGACUUUGUACAGCUCAGAUUCAGGGUAAAGAAGACAACAAUGAGUUGCCUAUGUACAUCCCGAGAAAGAGGAGAGGAAAAUUGUGGAUACCCAUUUUAUCUUGGGCUUGAAAUAACAAUAGGUAGAGUAAGAUCGAGUUCUGAAGCCCCUCUUCUCUUUCUCUCUUUUUACGGGUUUUGGCUUCACCAUCAAAGACAAAAGUGUACAGAUAUAGGGGAAGUACAGCAGUUGCGGGAAUUUUGGCACAUAAAGACAGAGUAGUGUCCACCAUUCUUAGCAGUUCAAAAGACUGUUGUACCUCUCUGGAUGAUCAUCUUUUCAUACAUGAAGUACAAUAGCCCUCCGUUUUUGCAAUUCAUUUCUAGAGACACAAGCAGUGUGGAGGGAGGAAAGGUGAAGGGUUGUUUUCUUUUUUCGUAAUGGUGAGCAGGUUAAUGGUGGCCUCUAACACCACGUCCUUCAAAGCUGGUCUCUUCUUCCCAGCAUUGCUUCAUGAUCCCUGCCAGCGACUCUGGAGAGUGCUCCGGUCGAAUGUUCUGCGUAUUCGCCGCAGCAAUUUUAGCAAUCAAAAUGGACAAAACACCAUGCUUGCCUACUCUAUACAACUUAGUGUCUGCUGGUUUUUGUUUACCUUACGAAUGGCCGGAGAAGUCUGGUGAGAGAAUCCGAAGUGGGUAAAGGGUGCAUCGCAGCAGUAAAUCUCAAAAAUUAUGUGUUCCCAACUUAAUUACUUUAUUAUAUAUUUGGGAUUUGGAUGGAUUUGUGGGGUGGGAGUUAUACUUAGGUAGUUAGGUAUCCGAAAAUGGGCAUGGUUUCACGAAUUGAAAAUGGAAAUGAGGAUAGAUUUAGCAAACCUUCAUCUUAAACCCGCCAAAUUACCAUCUCUAAUUGCACACAAUUCUACUAAAAUUAUCGACUACUUAGGCCCCUUGUACUUUCGCUUCAAUCAACAACACACCCCUCAACUUUCAUUUUUACAAACCUCUUCUCUUGACUUUACCGAACACACCGUCUUUUUGCGAUAACAAACCGUUAGUGAUGGGUCAAGGUCAACAAAUAAGGAGGGGGGAAUCUGAAGAAGAAGAGAGAAAAAAAAUCCUCUUACCAGAUCAAAACUAAGUCAAUUACCCAUAAGAGUUCAACAGAACGACAUACAAACAACAGUACAAGCUCCCCAAUAAGAGACAGAAAAAGAAACACCAUCAAAAAGUCAUGCUUCAUCUGCAAUAUGAUUCCGUAAAGCAACAUCCAAAAUGGUGGCCGAUGCAGUUUCUUAACAGGCCUAAAGAAUCAAAAAAUUCCUUUACAUCACAUGCGGUAUUGGAUCAUUGGUUACUUGUCAAACUCAGUGUGUGGUCUCAGUGCUCAGUAGUAUAGCAAAAAUUCUAUACGUUGGUAUUAUCUAAACGCACCAAUACGAUCACGAAUCAUUUACGUAGUUCCUGCAGCGGGGUGGGGUUGGGGAGUUUUCCUCAGUAUGGGAAUAACCUUUUGCGGUUCUUCUUCUUCUUCUCAGGAGUGGCAAGUAUUGCUUUCACCCCAUAUGUAGUCAUCUGGAAGUUCUCAAAGGCCUGAGAAACUACUUCCACCUGUGUGACAAGGAAAUUCGGCACCGGGUUUUGGUUCAUAUCAGGAGAGACCCAUUCAUUUGUCACAUGAAACCAAGAAAUGUUACCCUUGCAAAUUUCUUUCUUCAAAAAUAAGCAUAGAACAAAUUUACUAACCAGUUCAGGCUUCUUGGCGUACACGCUCACGAUCUUGUCCUGACAAACAGCAGGGACUAAGUGACUGAUGCGCUCCACUGGUAUCGUGAAUCUGUCCGUGCUGUCAUAGUCCUGAGAAAGGAAUAGAUCAAAGGAAAAGUCAAUGUGAUUGGAAGCUUCAAAUAUUGUAUGUGCUUGGCAAUGAAUACUGAUCUACACUCUCUAGUGGAAGCCAUGAUUGCCUUCUUUACAUGACAGUAGCAGUCACAUGGGGAGACAAAUUAAGGGUAAAAGUUGGCUUGGGUUAAAGGUUAUUAGUAUUUAAUAGUACCUGAAAAAACUUGACGCUGGGAGUGGAUGGACAUCGCAUGAGGAAAAGAUCAAGACCGGUAAGAAGAAGCAGAAACAAAAGUAAACAAGCAAAGGAGUUGAACCGCCAGAAUUUUACAGUUAGUUACCUCUCAAGAGGAUUGGAACUUCCACGGGUUAAGUCGAUCUUGACAGUGCUCACAGCAAUAUCUUCUUCCUUGAGUGUAACAUCACUAGAUCUCUGUUUUGAGCAGGCAGCGGAUGUUGGUUGAGAAACAAAAUAGUACUAGUAGUAUUUCUAGAAAGCAAUGAGAGCACUUAUGUGUCAUGUUACCACCUGGGAGCAUAUAAUGUCCUGCGGAGUGACGUCCUUGAAGUGGUCUAGAUUUUCCUUUGGAACCGCAAACUCAUUGCAGAACUGGAACCCAUAGAGCACAGAGGCAAACAUUACAAAAGCUAAUAAAGAAUAGGCAGCGACAGCAAGAGAGAACACUCUCCCACUCCACACCGACAUAUACAAGUUCGCCUCCUACCUGGUAUAGAUCUCUUCUCCUGAUGCGUAGAACCAAAUCUCGGGCCUCUUUGAGUUCUGGUCUUUCGUCAACUUCAAUUCUUUUCAAUAUUGUGUCAUCCAGCUGUGCAAACAUUAUAAAACAGAGGACACUGAUGAUUAAACAAAGGUGGAAUAACAAAAUGACCCGAUGAUGAACUCGGAUGAUAGACGUUCAGAGUCGGUUGAUGUUCAAGAUGUUCAGACCUUCCAAAACUCUCCAGGAUUUUGAACAGCGUCAGCAAUUCCAAAGGCCUCAUUUGCUUUGGUUAGGGCAUCAACAGCCAUGAGUUCUAUCCCCUGAAGAUUAGAGAACCCGUGUAAACUUCAAACAUCAUAAUAUUUUAUUCCAGAAUGUAAGGAGUUUCACCUUCACUUUAGCAUGUGUAUAGAUUGUGCGGUGCAUUUCUGCUCGAGUCGAAAACAGCUUGUAUACCGUGAUAUCUACAAACAAUGAACCAUCAUCAUCAACAAUAGUGUACAGUGAAGUAGCUCCAGUAAUUUAGGAUUAAGUUCAAAUAAUACUAACAGUCUUUGGCACGGUAACAAAUCUCAUCACCCAAAACCCUCAUGGAUUCCAUUAACCUGGAUGUCAACAAAGCACCCAGAAGACAAGUUCACAUCAAAAUAAAAUGGUCCCAACUUCUCUCCCUGUGGGUCAUAUGAAUCAACUUUCAGCCUAGCAGCAAUUACGGUAACAUGAUGUUUGUUUCAGAUAAAAGCUUUCAUGAAAUCAUACGCAGGUCAGAGUAAAAGUGCAUAAUCUUUGGAGGAGUACACACCUCGCAAACAUAAAACCACAGCCAACUCCACAAGCCCAAGAAUCCCGAAUAAGGUAGUCAAACCUAAAUAAUGAGUAUUGGGAUUGGCAAAGUAAAAUGUAAUCAUCACAAACAAGAAUAUAACCAAGAUGAGGUAAAAAGAAGAAAAGAUGACGCACUUGUCAACAUCUACUCCAUUCCGGCCGUUUGCAACAAUGUCAUAGAGAAACUGCUUUCCAGUGGGACUCUACACCCAAAGAAAUUUCAACAAUUAACAAACUUAACGCAAGAUAAACGUCUAGAUAAAGC